AUGGUUGCCUGGCGCUUGGCAAACCUUAAGCGGAUCGUAGAGUUUAUCUUAUUGGCCUUUUGGCUUCUGGCGGCGCAAACCCGAAAGCCGCGACACAUUCAGCUUUCUCCGGCGAUCGACAGACACGAAAAGGACCAGCUGCCUUAUCAGUGCAGUCUGUACUCUGUACAAGAAGCCGCCACCAUUCACAUUCACUCAUCUGGUACUCCGUAUCACACGGGCAACUUGCAGGAGCUCGACAAGGCUAGGACGCUGCGCCCCAAGAUGUCAUCGUUCAACAGACCAUACGUGUCCGAUGGCCACAUACUAGAGAACCCACCGCUUUCUGCAAAGGCACGCCGCCUGCUUGAGUCCUUGUACAUGUUUUUCGGGCUUUACUUUGUCAGCCUUUUCUCGUUCACUCCAUAUGCCGCUGCGGAGGCUUCUCAGUUUAAUAUCAAGAAUCCUUCAAACCGUGACCCCAGAAGUAGGGGUCGAGGUGUAGGUAGAGGAGGAGGAGGAGGAGGAGGCGGCGGGAAUGAUUAUGACAGGAGGGGCGGAGGAGGCGGUGGCCCUUCAAAGCGAAUCGGAAGAGUUGAUGAUGUGCGUGGCCCAGAAUGCAAGAGCUGUCAGUGACACCGUAUCUGCCGGCAAAUGA